AAAAAAAUAAACAAAGAAACAGACAAAGACAUAAUAUAGACAUGAAGGGGAAAAUAAAUUGUAGCUUAUAUAAUCACAAGUAACAAUUUCCACAAAUCCGAUCACAAUUCACGGUUUUUAUUAAUUUCAAGCACUCUCCUGUCUUAAGCUGACGUAUUCUCAGUUUGUUGUCUAAGUUCCACAAUCAACUACUUCACUGAUAAUUGCACAAUAUUAUGUCAAUUGAUGUUUAUUAAUCACUGUCUUGUGUGUAAAGAUAAGAUAUUAAACUGUCCCAGCAUCUCUAUAAUAUCAUCUCUAAUAUUAUCCGGUAGAUAAGUAAUUGUUAACCACCUGUAUGAACCACUAUUUCGUUUCCAUACCUCUGCUACACGGGUGUUAUAAUGUAUAAUUUGUUCAGUCCACUCACAAGAUUCAUUUUCUUUGUAACAUUAGUUUCCGCCUACCACUAUCCAGACAGGUACAACUCAAUUCUCAACUACAUACAACCGCCUGCUAACUACAAGGAGUAUGUCUUACCCACCGAUUUGAACCCUGUCAACUACGAUCUGACUCUCUAUCCUCGUCUCAGUGAAAAAAACAUUUUCUGGUGAAAUAAAUAUUACUUUCUGUGUUUUAGUCGCUACUAAUCUAAUAGUGAUUCAUGCCAACCCGAGCUACAUCAGUGUCACAAACUCGACGAUUCAGUCGACCUCACAAUCAGUAAGUAUCUCCGGCUACCAGACUAACCAGACCCUCGAGCUGUUGACUUUCACGCUGAACGAAACGUUGACUGCUGACCAGAAUGUCACUCUCGGUAUCUUCUACGAGGGGAUCUUCGGGCAGGAUAUGUUCGGGUUCUACCUGAGCACCUAUACCACCUCUGCAGGCACACAACUCAUUGGAAUCACACAGCUCGGGUCUACAUCUGCAAGACGCGCUUUCCCUUGUUUUGACGAACCGGCCUACCGCGCCCCGUUCAACAUUAGUAUUUGGCACACUGCAGAUCAGAUUACAAUGUCUAAUAUGAAUAUUACGAAUCAAUCUCUCCCCAAUCCUACAACAGGGCUGAUAUUGGAUACAUAUAAUACCACUCCCCGAUUCCGACUUACCUGGUAGCUUUCGGGGUGGCCGACAAAGGGCUUGGAGUUCACACAAGUGGAAAUAAGUUCAGAGUAUUUGCACGCGAAGCUGUCAUAGAUG